AUGGCGGAUUCCCUUGACCCGAAGACUCUUGAUUCCGAGAGUAAAGCGGUGCACACUAUCAUCCUCGACUCCUCGCCCCUCCUACUCAACACCCCCGGCAUAUCCACACUCCUUGCAAACGGACACGUUCUCGUUACGACGCCAUCAGUGGUCGCCGAGAUACGUGGCGAGGAAGCGCGAGCACGAAUCGAGACUCUAUACAAGCCAUUUCUGAUCAUUCGGUCACCGAAGCCGGAAAGUGUGAAACGAGUCAAAGAAUUCGCACGUAAAACGGGAGACGCUGCCGUCCUCAGUCAGACUGAUUUUGAGGUUCUGGCAUUAGCGUACGAUCUGGAGUGUGAACGCAACGGCGGGGAUUGGAGGUUACGAGCGGUUCCGGGGCAGAAGCGUCUCAAUGGUAGCCCGCCUCAGAGAACCGCCGAAGAGCCUCAGGCACAAGAAGAAACAGGCGCGCAAUCUGUGACUGCCAAUGAUGGUAAUGAGAGCAGAGACGUUGAACAUACAGUUGAGCACAGGAUUGACCGUAUUACUCUCGAAGAUCCAGAAGUGCAAAAAGACGAGACACAGAUUGAGCAGCCUAUCGAAUCAGACGCCAAGAGAGACGAGCCUACCGGCAAACCAUUGUCAACGUGGGAGAACUCGACUGAUCAAGUCCCAGAGGUCAUAGAAGUAUCUGACGACGAUGAUGAAGGAGGGUGGAUUACCCCGUCGAACAUCAAGAAGCAGCAAGCCAAAGACGAAGUGGCGAGCACGAAAUCACCUGCUGAAACGAAGCAUCUACAAGUCGCCACAAUGACCGGCGAUUUUGCAAUGCAGAACGUCUUGCUCCAAAUGAACUUGAAUCUAUUGUCUAGCAAGACUUGUCAGAGAAUCUCACAAGUCAAACAAUUUGUGCUGAGAUGCCACGGCUGCUUCUGCACGACCAAGGACAUGGCCAAACAAUUCUGCCCUCGCUGCGGCCAGCCAACCUUGACUCGAGUCAGCUGCACCACGAAUGAUAAGGGUGAGAUCAAGCUGCACCUAAAAGCGAACAUGCAGUGGAACAACAAAGGGAAUGUGUUUUCGAUGCCCAAACCUGUCGGGGGAAGUUCCAAUCAAAAGUGGAAAGGGCCGAGACAGGGUGGCGGACAAGGUGGUUGGGGCAGUGAUUUGAUUCUGGCCGAAGAUCAGAAAGAGUAUGUGAGGGCCAUGUCCACGAUGAAGAGAACGAAAGAAAAAGAUCUUAUGGACGAGGACACGCUUCCGAACAUCCUCACGGGAAAUAGAGGCCAGACAUCGGGAAGGCCACGAGUUGGAGCUGGCCGGAACAUUAAUUCUCGAAAGCGAUAG